UUUUGAGUUCUUCAACGCGGCUGCUAAACAUGGCGGAAAGAAAAACAAAGUCUGCUUUGCCAAAGGUAAAGAAGCCUUUGUCUGCCAGAUCUGAAAAGCCUUCUGAUCUUAAUAACCGGCCACUAUCAGCACCUGUCAAGAAACAACCACAAACAGAUUUACUGGCAAAAGAGGAGGAAUACAAACGUCUUAAUGCAGCCCUAGAAGCAAAAACAGCUGAGCUUGUUCGAGAAGCUGAGAGAGUCAUGAAAGAACAGCAAGAAGUAUUGUCAAGACCAGUUUCCUCAUAUCUUGAUGACGACGUUGAAGAUUCUAGUCAUAAUUUGGGAACUCCUGAGAUACAAAACAAUGAACCACCUAUUUCAAAGAAGGUCUUGAAUAAAGCUGAUGCUAAGUCAAAGCCCCCAAAACAAAGCAGACCCCGGUCAGGUCAUCAAGCCAAGAAACCAACCAGCACUCCAGGGAUCACCUUGGCAGAUGAUGUUGCUGUCCUUGAGGAUUUGGUUGACUUCUCUUUGGCAAAAACAAUAACUAACAUUGAGGAAAAGCUGGGCAAAGGAGAUGGAAUGGAUGAUCCUGAGGAUGAUGUCAUUCCUGGUGCUUGCAAUGAAAUGGGCUCAGAGUCACAGAUACGAUUUCUUAAAGCGAAGCUGCGAGUGAUGCAGGAAGAAUUAGACCGGCUUACUAAUGAGUGUAACAAGAAGGAUGAUGAGAUUAGCAUAUUAAGUGGUAAAGUGAAGGAAAUGGAAGAAGAGCGUUCAAGGCUGCAACGAACAACGAAUAUUCAGCAGACGCAAGUUGAAAAAUAUAAAAGUCUCGCAGAGGAGAAUGGCAAGAAGAGCGAAGGAUUCCAGCAUCAGCUCUCUGCUCUGCAAAAGGAGCUGGAGAAUCACAAGAGAGCACAGAAACAAGCAGCAACCACCCAUGGAGCUACUGAAGUGCGGCUAAAUAGGGCCUUGGAAGAAGUGGAGAGAUAUAAAUCUGAACUGAACAAAGUGAAACAAUGCAGCAAGGACACUGCUAACCAGGAGCAUCACAAGGUGGAACAAUUAAAGGCUGAAAAUAAGAAGCUUGAGAAGCAGAAAGCAGAACUGAUGACAGGCUUUAAGAAACAACUUAAACUGAUAGACAUUUUAAAAAGACAAAAGAUGCAUAUUGAAGCAGCUAAGAUGCUUUCAUUUACUGAAGAGGAAUUUAUGAAAGCACUGGAUUGGGGAAACUCAUGAUACACAUCGGCGACAAAGUUAAAAGAGGACUGAAUGGCCAAGGCCGAUAAUACAUGACACCUGAUGUAAAUAUGAAACAUGAAGUUUAAAGUCUGGUUACGGAACUAAUGCAGGAUUUUAUUUGGAUCAGCAGCUCAACAAUAUUACUUUUAAGGGCCAGCAUCCAUGGCAAUGAUUUAUGGAUGGUGGGGAAAUCUUGAAGAGAAUGGCCUAAGUCAGGGGUGUCCAAUUCUGGUCCUGGUGGGCCUCAGUGGCUGCCGGUUUUCAUCCUAACCCUUUUCCUAAUCAGCGAGU